UUUCAUAAAUACCGACAGCGGCGUGUGAACUUAUUCACUUCAUAUGCUCUGGCUCAACAGGGAAGGUAGAAAAAAAAACAUCGGGGGUAAACAAACGAUAAAAAAUAUUUUAAACCUUCUGUCGGAAUACAAGAGCUAUCAUCGGACAAGGAAUAAUGACUGCCACAUCUCCCAUCCUCCACAAAUGGGACCCCAAGAGUUUGGAGAUUCGAACCCUGACUGUGGAGAGGCUGCUGGAGCCCUUGGUCACACAGGUGACUACACUGGUGAACACCAGUAAUAAAGGCCCAUCGAGUAAAAAGAAGGGGCGCUCCAAGAAGGCACACGUGCUGGCUACAUCAGUGGAACAGGCCACCCAGAACUUCCUGGAGAAGGGCGAGCAGAUCGCCAAGGAGAGUGAGGAACUUAAGGAGGAGUUGAUCGCCGCAGUCGAUGAUGUCCGCAAGCAAGGUGAGACCAUGCACUUGGCGUCGUCAGAGUUUGCGGACGACCCCUGUUCCUCCGUGAAGAGGGGCACCAUGGUGAGGGCGGCCCGUGCCCUGCUGUCGGCUGUCACCCGCCUGCUCAUCCUUGCCGACAUGGCCGACGUCAUGAGGCUGCUGGCCCACCUCAAAAUCGUGGAGGAGGCUCUGGAGGGGGUUAAGAAUGCCACAAACGAACAGGACCUGGCCAAUCGCUUCAAGGAGUUCGGGAAAGAGAUGGUGAAGCUCAACUACGUAGCAGCCCGGAGGCAGCAGGAGCUGAAGGACCCACACUGCCGGGACGAGAUGGCGGCGGCGCGGGGCGCGCUGAAGAAGAACGCCACCAUGCUGUACACCGCCUCGCAGGCCUUUCUGCGGCACCCGGAUGUGGCCGCCACGCGCGCCAACCGCGACUACGUCUUCAAGCAGGUGCAGGAGGCCAUCGGGGGCAUCUCCAGCGCCGCCCAGGCCUCCUCGCCCACCGACGAGAAGCACGGCCAUGCCGGCAUCGGGGAGCUGGCCGCCGCCCUCAACGAGUUUGAUAACAAGAUCAUUCUGGACCCGUUGACGUUCAGCGAGGCCCGGUUCCGGCCCUCCCUGGAGGAGCGUCUGGAGAGCAUCAUCAGCGGAGCGGCGCUGAUGGCCGACUCGUCCUGCACCCGCGACGACCGCAGGGAGCGCAUCGUGGCAGAAUGCAACGCCGUGAGACAGGCCCUGCAGGACCUGCUGAGCGAGUACAUGAAUAAUACAGGCAGAAAAGAGAAGGGAGAUCCGCUGAACACAGCCAUCGACAAGAUGACCAAAAAGACGAGGGACCUGCGCAGGCAGUUACGGAAAGCAGUAAUGGACCACAUUUCAGACUCCUUCCUUGAGACAAACGUGCCCCUUCUGGUUCUCAUAGAGGCAGCCAAGAGUGGCAACGAGAAAGAGGUGAAGGAGUAUGCUCAGGUCUUUCGUGAGCAUGCCAACAAGCUGGUGGAGGUGGCAAACCUGGCCUGCUCCAUCUCCAACAACGAGGAAGGUGUAAAGCUAGUCCGCAUGGCUGCCACUCAGAUCGACAGCCUGUGCCCGCAGGUAAUCAAUGCUGCUCUCACCUUGGCGGCCCGCCCUCAGAGUAAGGUUGCCCAGGACAACAUGGACGUGUUCAAGGACCAAUGGGAGAAGCAGGUGCGCGUUCUCACAGAGGCAGUGGAUGACAUCACCUCUGUGGAUGACUUCCUGUCUGUUUCAGAGAAUCACAUCCUGGAGGAUGUGAACAAGUGUGUCAUUGCCCUGCAGGAGGGGGACGUUGACACACUGGACCGGACAGCGGGGGCCAUCCGUGGGCGUGCCGCCCGGGUGGUGCACAUCAUCAAUGCUGAAAUGGAGAACUAUGAGCCGGGCGUGUACACGGAGCGCGUGCUGGAGUCCAUCAAGCUCCUGUCCGAGACUGUUAUGCCACGUUUUGCUGAGCAAGUGGAGGUGGCAAUUGAAGCCUUGAGCACAACCCCCCCACAGCCCUUUGAAGAGAAUGAAUUCAUUGACGCUUCCCGCUUGGUAUAUGAUGGAGUUCGUGACAUUAGGAAAGCAGUCCUAAUGAUAAGGACCCCGGAGGAGCUGGAGGAUGAUUCGGACUUUGAGCAGGAGGAUUACGACGCCCGCAGCAGAACAAGUGUUCAGACAGAGGAUGACCAGCUCAUCGCUGGACAGAGCGCUAGGGCCAUCAUGGCGCAACUGCCCCAGGAGGAGAAGGCGAAGAUCGCGGAGCAGGUGGAGAGCUUCAGGCAGGAGAAGUGCAAGCUGGACGCCGAGGUGGCCAAGUGGGACGACAACGGCAAUGACAUCAUUGUGCUGGCCAAGCAGAUGUGCAUGAUCAUGAUGGAGAUGACCGAUUUCACCAGAGGUAAAGGACCACUGAAGAAUUCUUCAGAUGUGAUUAAUGCAGCCAAGAAGAUUGCAGAAGCAGGCUCAAGAAUGGAUAAACUUGCUCGUGCUGUUGCUGAUCAGUGCCCUGACUCUGCCUGCAAGCAGGACCUUCUCGCAUACCUGCAGAGAAUCGCUCUUUAUUGUCACCAGCUAAACAUCUGUAGCAAGGUGAAAGCCGAGGUGCAGAACCUAGGAGGGGAGCUGAUAGUCUCAGGGCUGGACAGUGCCACAUCUCUUAUCCAGGCCGCUAAGAACCUGAUGAACGCAGUGGUUCUCACAGUCAAGGCCUCCUAUGUGGCUUCCACCAAGUACCAGAAGGUGUAUGGCACAGCAGCCGUCAACUCCCCUGUGGUGUCCUGGCGCAUGAAGGCCCCAGAAAAGAAGCCCCUGGUGAAGAGGGAAAAGCCAGAAGAGUGCCAGACUCGGGUCCGACGGGGAUCCCAGAAAAAGCACAUUUCGCCCGUCCAGGCGCUGAGCGAAUUUAAGGCCAUGGACUCCUUUUAAUCCAAGUGUACAAAGAAGACUUCUGCUUUCAUCUUUGUUUUUAUUCCUUUCAUUUUGGAAAACAGAGUAAAUGCUGUAUCUAAAUAUGAAGGAUGAGCAAC